AUGUUGUUGGUGCUAAGGUCACUUGGGGUUGUGUUCAGGGUGCAAUUCAUUGAGAAAUACUUUUCUGAAGAUGUGCAUAGAAAUAAAGAGAUUGAAUUUCUUGAGCUUAAGCAAGGAAACAUGGUGGUUGCUGAGUAUGCUGCCAAGCUUGAGGAACUAGUGAAGUUUUGUCCUCAUUACAAUGGUGCAGCUGUGGAGGUAUCCAAAUUCAUUAAGUUUGAGAAUGGACUACGACCUGAGAUUAAGCAGGGUAUUAGCUACCAGAAGAUUCGUAGGUUUCCUACUAUAGUGAACAAGUGUAGGAUUUAUGAUGAAGACUACAUGGCUUGUACCACUCACUAUAAUAGUGUUAGUGAGAGGAAGGGAAAUAAUCAGUUUAGAGGAAAACCCUACAGUGCUCUAACUGAUAAAGGGAAGCAGAGGACUAUUGAUGAUAAAAAACCAAGUGGAGGAGUGACUCUCGCUUCUGUCAAGUGUUUCAGGUGUGGCGAGUCGGGCCACCGUGCUAAUGAGUGCAAGAAUUAUGUUUUGAGGUGCUUUAAGUGUGGUAAGACAGGUUAUCGUGUUGUGUAUAGUAAGAGUGAUGGGCCAAUUUUUUAUAACUGCGGCGAGAUAGGUCAUAUAAGUAUCAAUUGUCAGAAGCCAAAGAAAGCACAAUCGGGAGGGAAAGUUUUUUCCUUGUCUGAGAUAGAGACUACUAGUGCCGAUUGUUUGAUUCGAGGUACGUGUUUUAUAAAUGUUAUUCCUUUUAUUGCUAUUAUUGACACGUGUGUGACACAUUCAUUUGUUUCGCUUGAUUGUGCUGAGAAGUUGGGUUUGAAAUUAUCCUCUACGAAUGAGAGCAUGAUUAUUGAUACCCCGACUAUAGGUCUGGUACUCACUUUGUGGGUUUGUUUGAAUUAUCCGCUUACUAUAUAUGGUAAGAGUUUUGGUAUGGAUUUAGUGUGUCUAUGUUUAAGGAAUCUCGAUGUUAUCCUUGGAAUGAACCGGUUGGAGUUAAAUCAUGUUUAUAUCAAUUAUGUUACCAAGACAAUGUCAUUUCCUGAGUUUGAUACUAGUGAUGAGUUGUUCGUGUAA